UGAAGCGCUAAUUUUCGUAAACAAACAGUGCUUAUUUUAUAAAUAAAAUAACUUAGAUUUUUGGAUUAAGUACCUACUUAUUAACAAUGAGUAAGGAUGAAUCUAAGAUCAAAGAAGACAAGGAGAAGUUCCACUCUGUUCCGAACGUGCGCCCGGAUGCCGGGAAGAACGCUGCUGAAGAUAGGAGAUUGUACAGUUUAUCUCUCUCGCAGAUACGGAGACAUUCGUCCCAAUUUUCCGACUAUCACCACAAGCCGUCGCCUUUCAGCCUCCGUUGGAUAACAGGCUGGAACCCCAAAGCGGGCGUGAUCAACCUCAACUCGCGCGGCAGCACAACGGUAUUCUACGCGGCUUGCAACUGCGGCAUUCUCUACAACUGGACCACCAAUCAGAUGAGGAUCUUGCAGGGACACAGACACAUGGUGAACUGCAUCGCAGCGGACGGCGACGGCAAGUGGCUGGUGACCUCCGACUGUGGUCCUGAGAACCUCAUCACCAUCUGGGAUAGCGAUGACUACUUCCCCAACAAGACCUACUUCCUUCCACACGGCAGCAUGCGCGUAUCCAAGGUGGCUUUAAGCCAAGACUCGAGGUUCAUGCUGACGGUGGGAUACCAUGAGAAAACUGCCAUUUUUUGGUGGAUUUGGUCGUCUGGGCAAGAUGAACCGCAUGCUGCUCUGGACGUCGACAUAUCUAGAGAAGGUGUUCUGGCUAUGGAAUUUAAUCCAGAUAACACCUGGCAGUUUGUGCUUAUGACGAAAACAGACAUUUGGAUUGGACUUGCCCAGAAAGUUUUUGUCAUGGAGAGAGGCCUUCUCAAGGAAACAGAUGAAUACGAGUUGAAAAUUCGAAUGAUUGAGAAGAAGCCCGAAAUAAAUAUGGCAUUUGGGAAGCUAUCUUGCUUUACGUUCGUGAGCAUGACCUCACAGAUCCUGGUGGGCACUUACAGGGGAGCCAUACACGUGAAUGGUUACACUAUCGAAUACCAUGAGACCAUCGAACCUAAGAGUUUUGAGCUCAUGAAAUUUGUGAAAGCGCUGAAGCUGGAGGAUAGUAAGAUAAAUGUUAUUAGGAGUAUUGAUGGAGUCAUUGUGACGGGCAACAACGGUGGUCAGAUCCGCUUCUACGACGAGCAGCUGAAGCUGCUGCACUGGCUGCAGGACUUCUCCGUGGACCGCGUGCGCUCCAUCAGCUUCAACAUCUCUUCACGGAGCUACAAAAUCAUUGACCUCAAGUGUGGGAAGCCAAAGAAAUGUCCUUGUUGGGAGAACGUGGAGACAGAGACCGACCCGGUCACGGGGAUUAUUCGCCAGAAAUUGAUUAAGAAGAACCUUCCCACCGACGCCACUACCAGCGGCAAGACCUUCUUGGUUCGGGACUUCCUCGUCACUACUGGAAAUCAAGGAAUUGGCUUCGUUGAUUUUGUGACGGAGAAACUGGUCACGAUAUUGGAUUACAGAACGUCACCAGCGUUGUGCGUCACAGUGCAUCCAGAAAAGCCAUACGUAUGCCAAGGUUUUCAAGACGGUGUGCUCGACCUAGUGAACUUCUCCCAACACAAGCUGUUUGCAAGGAUAGACUUAAGAGAACACUACAAGGUUGUGGUGCCGCCCAAUGACGAAUCCAUAAAAUACGAGUACGAAAUAAACAAGCCGGAGCUGUCGGUCACUUGUUUGAGGUAUUCACCCUCGGGCUUGCAUUUGGCUUGUGGCUUGAACACCGGACAACUGUUGUUCCUCGAUCCUGUCACCAUAAGAAUCCUGUCGCAGCCAUUUAAUGACGCGCAGCAUGCUAUCAAGGAGAUCAGCUACAGCUGCGAUUCUUUGACAUUGGCCUUUUCUGAUGCCGGUCACACAGUAUGCGUGUACAAGUACGACUGCAAGGCGUUGGUGUGGAGGUUCAUCGCCAAACACCGCGCCCACUACAAGGACAUCACUGCCGUAUUCUUUACGCCGAUGUUGAACGAUAAUGGGGACUACAAGCUGCUCUCUUUGGGUGCUGAUAGGGUCAUGGUAGAGUACAAUAUUGGAGCUAGUUCAGGAGAGCACCUGGAAGUGUUCAGCCUGGAUCGCGUGGACCAGACGGCGGUCCCACUCGCGGGGUUCCAUUGGCCCACGCCCAAAGAGGUGGAUCCUGAGAGUCAGCGCACCGACCUGCCUAUGAUUCUUAUCGCUAACGACGAGUAUAAAUACAAGAUCGUGAACUACGCGACGGCGAUGACGCUGGCCACGGUGCUCGGGCCGCGCUUCGAGAGCCCCGUCUCCAGAAUGCAGCUGGUCUCUAGGAAAGAAGAGCAGCAUGUGCUGGAGUACAUCCUCUUUGCCACUAGGAAUAUCAUCGGACUGCAGAAAUUGCCACUGGAUGGGAAUCCUUGGAAGCAUGUCGGGAUACUUGGACACCCUAUACAGAUUACCGACCUGUGUUACCGCGAGGACAUAGGGACGCUGUUCACUCAAGGAGCCAAGGAUAUUUGCUUGUGCCAGUGGGCUGCCAACUACAGAGCAGUAGACAGUACAUGCCAGCAAGGUGGCGAAGACCUCGACCCAUAUUACUGCCUGAUUGAGAACGCGCCCGGCUGGCUGUUCCAAGAGAUACGCGACCUAUUCUACUACAUUCAGAUACUGUGCCAGGGCACCUUCUCUCCCACAAAGCGGACGGUGAAGGAUUACAUACCGAUAGAUUCGUUGCCGGACCUUAUGAGGGCUCUUGGGUUCUUUCCUUCUGAGUACGAGGUAGAGAACCUGCUAAUCGAAGCCAAGUUCAAAGUGUACCAGCCGACGCCCUCUGCGGAGGUAGACUUCGAGGAGUUUGUGAAGCUGUACCUGAACCACCGGCCCGCGUUCGGGGAGGAGCUGGGCCGCGUGCGCAACGCCUUCAGGACCUUCGCCUCGUUGGAGAAGGAGAAUUACGUCAUGAGCAGGGAUGAGUUUGUGGACAUGCUCGCGAGUUAUGGAGAAUGCUUCUCGCGCGACCUGAGUUGGUACCUGCUGUCCAUACUUCUAGGGCACAGCUUCGAAGACCGCGCCAAUAUGCCUGAGGAUGACUUCUCCUUCUUGCCCGAGACCAUAACACUUCGUGAGCUUCUAAUGAACAUCAUGGGCAUCCAGGAAGUGGACCUGUCAGGAGAUCAGUACUCUGCGAGGGAGUCACUGGGUUCUUCCUGUCACUCCUCAGUCACCGGCACCUCAGAUGAAAGGGAAAGAAACAACUAAUGUGUAUUCCAUAUUGUCUUAUUACAAAUAAAAUCUCAAUUUUUA